AUGGCUGCAUCCAACUCAAACCUCUACUUUCGUUCUCUCGAGGAGCUCUCCUCUGGUGUCGCAUGCUCGUCGGGCGAAGUCUGCACCUUCACUGUUCCAACAUGCAAUUCGUGCGCCAAAGCUGUAUGCCGCAAGGACGCAACAGUCGCUCCCGAAAGCAAGAGCGACAAGAAACCCAAUACGGGCGCUAUUGCGGGAGGUGUCGUGGGUGGCGUCAUUGCCAUCGCCGUCGUGACCUAUCUAGUCUGGAGAUUCUGUAUCAAGCCUCGACGUCAGCACCAGAUCGCACAGGAGUCCUACGAAGAUGAGCCCGACCACAGAGUCGAAGCCGAGAAGGAAUUUGGUGCGCGUCGCGACAAGCGCUCAUCAGUCCACACGGUCCACUCGAUCGCUUCGACGGUUCUCACACGCGCCUCCAACAUCAUCCAGAUCGCCUACAUCCCCGGUGUUACAAAUCGCGCUACACCGACUUCGCCAACUCUGCUCGUACCCCCGGUCCCGCCCAUCCCCAUGCACGCCUCAAGCCUCGCCUCCAACAGUCCCAGCUACGAGGACCAGCACUUCUUUGUGCCCGGCGAUCUACGGGAUUCUACGUACUCUGGUCUGUCUGGGGAUAGCGAUCGCAUGUCCUACGCUCGCACCUCUUACGCCCCUCGCUCCAGCAUUGCUCCAAGCAUUGCUUCAACCAUCUACGGCAAGAACGCCGUCGUCGUGGCCCCAGCGCAGACUGGUAUGAGGGCAAAGGCUGCCAUGGUCAGCGUCAAAUCCAUGGGUGGCUCGGCCGGCGGCGAGGUCACACCUCCCGUCCCGAGCAUUGACUACGGCAAGUUCGAUGCUGCCAAGCCUAGGGACAGCACAUUCAGCGUUGGCUCGACAUUCCUCAACAAUGCGAGCACCACGACGGCUACUCAGGGCCGCGCCCAAGUCAUCCGUCUUGGAAGCGGUAACCAGGUAAAGCAGGUCAGCGUUGGCUCCAGAACGGACGACGAAUCGUCCGUGACUGCCGGCCGGACAGCCUCAAGCUCAACUUCUAUCCGUGACUCCAACGCCGUCACCGUUAUUGACGAGAGCCCUUCCGUUGAUCAAGGUCCCUUUUCCGAUCCCCCAAGCAUUGCUACUCGCCAGAGCACCACGAGCCUGAGUGCCGUGAUCGAAGAGGCGACGAAGCGGGCGGCGCAAGGACCCGACAGGAAAUCGAAACGCCAGAGCGUCCAGGAGCGUCACGAGCGCGGCACCAGCCCAUUCGGCGACGAGCACGCGACAAGGGACUAG